AUGCCGUUGACAGCAUCAUACCGCGCAGCGUUGGGCAUAGAUGGAUCAAUGACAAAUGGCAUGCAAGUCCUGCCUACUUGGCAGGACCGAUUCGGACACCCGACUGGCUCCAAGUUGGGAUUCUUCGGAGCUGCCAAUGCGAUAGGUGGCGUCAUCCCCUUUAUAUUUCUCAACUGGAUCGGAGAUAAACUGGGCCGUCGAUUGCCGACAGCGCUGGGCUCUGUCAUUAUCAUUACUGGCGUCCUGGUGGAGUUCUUCGCAACCUCGCUGAACAUGUACAUUGGCGGGAAGAUUGUGCUCGGCAUUGGCUCAUCACUGAUUCAAAUGGGUGCGCCCGUCCUGGUUACCGAGUUGAGCCACCCGAAAGAAAGAGUGCAAGUCACCACGUUCUACAACACAUCCAUCGUGCUGGGAUACGUUAUCGGAGCUUGGGCCACUUACGGCUGCUUUCGCAUUCCAGGUUCUUGGUCGUGGAGGCUCCCGACUUUGAUCCAGAUAGUCCCUUCCAGCUACCAGCUUCUUCUCGUCUUUUUCUGUCCCGAAUCACCGCGAUGGCUCGUCGCGAAAGGGCAACCCGACAAAGCACGAGCGAUCCUGGUCAAAUAUCAUGGCGAAUGUGACCCCAAUUCGCAGCUGGUAGACUUUGAGUUUCGGGAGAUUCAGGAAGCUUUGGCCAAGGAAAGUGAGCAGAACAUCACUUGGAAGGACUUUUUCUCCUCGACGGCCAAUUUGAAGCGCAUCGCGCUCUGCUUCGCAACCGCAGUAUUCAGCCAGAGCUCUGGUAACUUGCUGGUUUCCAAUUACCUUACGCAAAUCCUCAAGGAUACUGGCCUUAAAUCAGAUAAGGACAUUACCUUGGUCAACGGCAUGGUCACUCUGUGGCAGUAUAUUGUCGCCAUCAGUGUCACAGGCUUGAUUAACAAGUUCAAGCGGCGAACAUUCUUCCUGGUAGGCUCUGGCGGGGUCGUCGUGACAUUUGUCGUUUGGACAAUUGCGGCGCAACAGUACCUGGAGCACAACUCGCUCGCAGCUGGUCGCCUCGUUCUUGCCUGCAUCUUCGUCUUCCAAGCCUUCUACACCUUUGCGUGGACGAACCUGGUGGUGACUUAUCCGCUGGAGAUUGUCACAUAUCGAAUGCGCGCCAAAACUUGGGCUUUUGUCCUGUUGACCAUCCAGGUCGCUUCCAUCUUUGGCGGCUACGUGAACCCAAUCGCACUGCAGAACAUUGGCUGGAAGUUUUACAUCUACUAUUGCGUCUGGGUCACCAUUAUAUUUCUGGUGGUGUAUUUCUUUUUCGUGGAGACGGCGGGUCCGACUUUGGAGGAGUUGGCCAAUCUCUUUGAUGGUGACAGCGCCCGUCGAGAAUUCGCCGAGAAAGCUACGAAAGUGGAUAAUGAGGAUGCAGUUGCGGAGGAAAAGUCGACAGUUUAA